AUGGCUGUAACAACAGCAAGUACUGCACCACCACUUCCUAAUCUAAGUUCUAUUUCUGCUAUUGGUAGUUGGGCUGAAGCAGUUGAACAAGAGACUUUGGGCGGGGCUCAUGAAUCAACAAAAGAUGGUAUUAAAAUUGUUACUGAUAUUAUUUCGGAUGAUACUGGCAAAUAUAAGGUUGUGACAACUUUCAAAGUUGUGACGAAAAAGGUGUCAAGACCGAUAGCAGAACGGAAGAAAUGGAAGAAAUUCGGGCAGUGUAAGAACGAUGGUCCUGGACCGCAUGUGUCCACAACUUAUGUGGCUGAGGAAGUUCUUAUGCAGUUCAUUAGAAAUCGUGCCGGUGAACAACAACUCGAUAUCGGUGAUGAAGGAACUAAAGUUGCAACAACAACGGGAGGAUCAUUCACUCAUUGUCGUUACUGCAAAUCAGAUGAGCACUGGUCUGUAAGUUGUCCAUACAAGUCAAUGUAUGCGAAAGAUGAUGAGGAGGAUUUGGAAAGUAAAGAAAAAGAUACAAAACUUGGUCCAACAGUGCCAGGAUCAGGUAAAUAUGUAGCACCGGGGAUGCGUGGAGAUCGUCCAGCGGUUACAGGAGGUGCAGAAAGAAGGUCCGAGGAAAAUACAUGCAGAGUUACAAAUCUACCAGAAGAGUGUGAUGAAAUGGAACUUCGUGCUUUAUUCGGUACUGUGGGUACCGUAAAUCGAGUCUUUAUUGCGAAGGAUAAACAUACGAAUAAACCGAAAGGUUUCGCUUUUGUCACAUUUGAACAUCGCAGUCAAACAGAAGCUGCAAUACAGAAAUUGAAUGGGUAUAAGUUGGAUCACCUCGUGCUGAAAGUUGAGUGGACAAGGUUUGUUUGA